AUAACGUCUAGCAAAAAAAUCUAUAUAAGUAAGUAAAUCAAUUUUAUAUUCUUAUACUCAUAGAUACACUGUUUUAAAAUGGAUCUGAGAACUGGCGUUCUGUUUGUGACGUUCCUCGUUGGCUGCAUAGCGGUGCCUACACCCGAAGCAGAUAUCAGCGUGUACUACGAGCACGCGGAUAGCAAUGCUCGUAUAGUUGGCGGAAUAGAAGCUGCGAAUGGAGCUCAUCCCCAUAUGGUGGCAUUAACCAAUGGCGUACUAGUCAGAAGCUUCUUCUGCGGUGGUUCCAUCAUCUCCCCGCGUACUAUAUUGACUGCUGCCCAUUGCAUAUCUGCCGUGUAUAGCUCCGGAGCUCUUUCCAGCAAUCUACGUGGUAUAGUGGGCACGAACCGUUGGAAUCAGGGCGGUGAGUUGUACGCUUUCACGCGCAAUCUGACCCACCAGAAUUAUGUGUCAUCCACUAUCAAGAACGACAUUGGUCUGCUGUACACAACCACCGAAAUUGUAUUCUCAUCUAUUGUGAGGUCGAUCCCGUUGAGUUACCAAAACAUCGGCGCGGGUAUAGCGGUCAGAGCUGCUGGAUGGGGAAGGAUCAGAGCCGGCGGUCCUGUGUCAGCUACUUUGCUACAAUUGGACAUCGAAACCAUCAGCGGGCAACAAUGCGUGGAGGGUGUUGCUCAAGCCUCUAUAGACUUCAACCAAUCCGCACCGCAUGUUGAACCGCAUAUCGAAUUGUGCACCUUGCACAGCCCUGGAUUUGGCGUGUGUAACGGUGAUUCUGGAAGCGCUCUGGCCCGUGUGGACAGCGGUGUCCAGAUCGGUAUUGUAUCAUGGGGCUUCCCUUGCGCGCGCGGCGCUCCAGACGUAUUCGUGAGAAUCAGCGGCUACCAAAACUGGUUAAUUCAAAAUGUGAUUCAAUAAAGUUCAUAUAGCA